AUGACAAGUUCAAAAUUGACCGGUAGGCAGCUCUACGACAAGCUCGGCCGUCCGAAAAAGGUGGUUGCACCAAUGGUGGACGGUUCGGAGCUUGCAUGGCGCAUGAUAUCCAGGAAGUACGGCGCUGACCUGUGCUAUUCCCCUAUGCUUCAUUCUCGGCUUUUUGCGACAGACGAUAAGUAUCGUGAGAAAAUGUUUGGCCCGAUGGAUGGCUCCGAAGCAGACAGACCCUUGAUUGUGCAGUUCUGUGCAAACGACCCCGAUUUCCUUCUUCAAGCCGCCAAGCACGUUGAGGACAGAUGCGAUGCCGUGGACUUAAACCUGGGGUGUCCUCAAGGAAUAGCGCGCAAGGGCCAUUACGGGUCUUUUUUGAUGGAGGACUGGGACCUCAUUUCCAAACUGAUCAAUACCUUGCACAGAAACCUCAAAAUCCCAGUGACGGCUAAAAUCAGGGUCUACGACGAUUGGGACAAGAGUCUCGCGUACGCAAAGAUGUGUCUGGAUGCUGGAGCACAAUUUCUCACCGUUCAUGGGCGGACGCGUGAGAUGAAGGGACAGAAAACCGGCUUUGCGAACUGGAAGCUCGUGAAGUACAUCAAAGACAAUCUGCCUCCAGAGACUGUUUUUCUGAGCAACGGGAACAUUUUGUAUCCGGACGACAUUGACCGUUGCAUUAAAGAGGUUGGCUGCGACGCGGUGAUGUCUGCAGAGGGGAACUUAUACAACCCGGGCAUUUUUUGGACGGAGACCGAGGAUAUUGAGAAACAAUUCCCGCGAAUAGACCGGUUUGUGCGCGAGUAUUUUGACGUUGUUGCCCGGUGUGAGGGCUCGGAGAGCCGCCGGUGUUUCAAGUCGCACUUGUUCAAAUCGUUGCGCAACUUUUUGAGCAUCCACACCGACGUUCGUGCCGAGAUCGCCAAACUGAGCAGAAACUCGCCGCUGGAGGAGUUUGAGGCGGUGGUGAAAAUGAUAGAGGAUGUGGUCGCCAAGAUCUACCAGCAGGACAACAUUGCCGAGCUCGACCAGGUGCGUGUGGGCGAGGUUGAGACCUGGGGCGGCCGGUACAGAGAGGUGCCAUACUGGCGGCUGCAGCCGUAUUUCCGCCGCGUGGACGGCAAGGACGGCCGGGAGGUCAUCCAGGACAGCAUGAAGCGCGUGAUGGAGAGCGAGGAGGCGGUCAAGAGGCAAAAACUGGAGGGUGUUAAAUAG